UAUGGGUUAAGCAAAUUGUGCAUGUGUAAAAACAGUUAGUUUUGAUCAUAACCAAAUUGAAAGUGAUAAAAGAUUAAGAGUAAGUAGAAAGGAAAACUCAAUUGAAGAUGAAGAAAUUAAACUAUUGAAAAGCAUAAUAAAAAUAUAAGCACUUUUAAGAGGUUGGAUUGUAAGAAAAAAGUAUCAUUAUGUAUAAGUCUAAUUAUACAAUACUAAAGUUAAUAAUAUUUUGAAAUAGUUCUCAUUAACUCAUUUGUCAAAAUUUAGUAAAGUAUAUACAUCAACAAAUAUUUCAUAGAUGCCCCCAUUUCCAUUUUCUGAGUAUCGAUAUUAAGAUACAGAAAGUGAUUCAUAUGAUAAUAGAUUCUUUAGAAAUGCAGUCUUAUUAGAGAAUGGUGCAAUAUAUAUAGGAGAAUGGUCAGGAGAUAAGAAAUUUGGAAAAGGUAUACAAAUAUGGAAAGAUGGUUCAAUUUAUGAAGGAUUCUGGAUUAGAGAUAUGGCAAAUGGUAAAGGAAGAUUAUAUCAUGCCAAUGGAGAUAUAUAUGAUGGAGUAUAAAUAUCAUAAUAUAUAAUUUAAUAGGAUUGGGAAGAUCAUAAAUCUAAAGGAUAAGGAGUUUAUAUCCACUCAGAUGGAGCAAGAUAUGAAGGAAGUUGGAAUAAUGAUUUAUAAAAUGGAUAAGGUGUAGAAAUAUGGCCAGAUGGUGCAAAACAUGAAGGAGAAUAUAGUAAUGGAGUUAAACAUGGAAAAGGAAGAUUUGGUAUUUUUAUUUAAUAAUUAUAAUAAAUAGUAUGGGCAGAUAAAGCAUCUUAUUGUGGAUAGUUUUUAAAUAAUCAAAUAAAUGGAGUAGGUAGAUAUGUCUGGCCAGAUGGCAGAAAAUAUUGUGGAGAAUGGUUGAAUAAUAAAAUGCAUGGAACUGGUCUAUUCUCAUGGAGUGAUGGUAGAGUAUACAUAGGUGAAUAUCAAGAUGAUAAAAAGCAUGGUUAAGGAGUAUUUGAAUGGUAAUUUUAUUAUUUUAUUUCUAGGCCUGAUGGUAGAAAAUAUGUUGGGUAUUGGUUAGAAGGAAAGUAACAUGGUAGAGGACUCUUUAUUGCUGGAGCCUAAAGGAAACAAGGAGAAUGGAAGAGUGGUAAUAGAGAAAGAUGGAUUAUCUUUGAAUCAGAUACAGAUUUAGAUUCUAUUGAAAAAAAAAUGAAUUAACUCAAGAUCUAUUAUUCAUCUAUUGAUGAUUCUCAACUCUUGGAUAAAUCCAAAAAACCAUUGCCAUUGCCUAAUAGUUCGCUCAUCAAAGGGGAAAAAUUCAAACCUUUAUAAAAUCAUAACUUUUGA